GCAAAUCAGAUGCAAACUGAUUCUUUGUCUCCAUCUCCUAAGACUGUGUCACCGGUGCCUUUAAAUAACCCCACAAGUGCCCCAAGAUUUGGAACAGUCAUCCCUAAUCGCAUCUUUGUUGGAGGAAUUGAUUUUAAGACUAACGAGAAUGACCUAAGGAAAUUUUUUUCUCAGUACGGCUGUGUAAAAGAAGUAAAAAUAGUAAAUGACAGAGCUGGAGUAUCAAAGGGGUAUGGGUUUGUCACAUUCGAAACUCAAGAAGAUGCACAAAAAAUUUUACAAGAGGCUGAAAAAUUAAAUUAUAAAGAUAAGAAACUGAACAUUGGUCCAGCAAUAAGAAAACAACAAGUAGGGAUUCCUCGAUCCAGUAUAAUGCCAGCAGCUGGAACAAUGUACUUGACUACUUCAACUGGAUAUCCAUACACAUACCAUAAUGGAGUAGCUUAUUUUCAUACUCCUGAAGUUGCCUCUGUUCCACAGCCGUGGCCAUCACGUUCCAUUUCUAGUUCUCCUGUGAUGGUGGCUCAGCCAAUUUAUCAACAACCAACAUAUCACUAUCAGGCUCCUGCACAGUGUCUUCCUGGACAAUGGCAAUGGAGUAUUCCCCAGUCGCCUGCUUCUCCCACUUCGUUUGUUUACCUUCAUCCUUCUGAAAUUACUUAUCAGCCAUUGGAAAUUGCACAGGAUGGUGGAUGUGUCCCUCCUCCUCUUUCCCUAAUGGAAGCUGCAGUUCCAGAGCCAUAUACUGAUCAUGGAGUUCAAGCAGCAUAUCACCAAGUUUACGCUCCAAGUGCCAUAGCUAUGCCAGCCCCUGUGAUGCAACCAGAGACUGUUAAAGAAGCCAGGAUACAUUCUGUGAGAAGAAAUUUUUCCCAUCCUUCAUCUAUGGGCCUGAAGCCUCGAUACGCACGGACUCCUCACUUUCACCCUAGAAAAGAUUACAGAUCAGAUGACACUGUGCUCAAUACUUCCUCCUCUACAGACUCUGUUAAAUAAAAUGUUAGGUGUCUACCAAAUGUGUUAACUCUUAAAGGUAUGUAAUUUUGUAGCAUCUUAUAUUUGCUGAAUACAAAAUUCCUCAUUUUUGUAAGGGUAUUUAAAAAACCCUUGCUCUUAUGAACAUAAAGUUAGUAAACAUAAACUGCAGGAUAAAAAUCAUGGUUACUGUUAUCAAUUGGUAUACUACUAUGGUGACACAGACCAGUAAUUUGUAAUAUGCAGGCUGGGCAUAUAUUGCUUACUUUAAACAAUAAAUUUUAAAACCAGCAUCUUUGUAUUAUAAGACAAGCCUAGCAUUCAUCUUCUCUGAUAAAUUACAAGGGUGGUCUAUUAAAACAACAAAAAACAUUUUUCUUAGACUGAAAUCCAUUGAAUUUCAAAUUCACAUUAUUUUAUCCAACCUUUUCAUUUCAUUUCAAUUUAUUUUAUAUAAUUUGGUAAAAAUCCUUUUUACAUUUUUCUGAAGCUAAUUUUGGUAAAUUGGGGGAGAAUUUUAAAAAUUUUAAAGUCCUUUUUAAAAAUUAUAGGACUGCCUGCUUACAGUCCUAUGUGUAACUUUCUGAUUUUUGUGGUUGAUGCUUUUCUUAAAAUACUAAACAUUAUAUGUAUAUGUCUUUAGUUUAAUGUUGAAAAUUACAUCUUAUGCAUUAAUAAUAUAGUAUACACUUACAUGUAGCCUUUGCCCUCUUUGAGUGCAGGAUCAGAUUGAAUCUCUGCCUAUAUCAUGUCCAAAGGAGAAAUACUAUAUCCCUCUAUACUACACUACACAGAUCAGAAAACUUCACUUAUUCCUGUUUCUUCUAAGUUUUUAUUACAAUCUCUCAAACUUAAUGUAGCAGAAUAGAUAAGCAUGGAACACUUAACUGCUGUGGAAGCCCAUUUUGACUAACAGUCAGUUUUAAUUAUUUUUCAAUUAUUUUCCAAUUUUAGCUUUGAAAUAUGUUUUCAUAUUUUAAUUUGUUUACUCAGCUUUAAAGACC